GUCCGGCCCAUUUAUCCCGCAUCCUCAACACAUCUUCACACCUUCCUCCUUCACAGCCCCCCUUCCUUCCAUCUUAAUUUUCAAUCUCUUCGGGCUCAAGUGGGUGAACAAUGACGAAUCCUGAACUUCGUCGGCAAGUAAUCAAUAUCUAUAAAGAGUUACUCUUUCUCGGGCGGAACUAUCCACUGGGUUAUGAAUACUUCAGGAAUAGACUGCAUAAGGCGUUUGCCAGCCAGGCACAUUUGAGGGAUGAUGAGCAGAUACGGAAGGGUAUAGCACGGGCGGAUUUCGUGAAGAAAGAGAUUGAAGCACUGUACUACUUGAAGCGAUAUCGCACGUUGAAACAGCGCUAUGAAAGCAAUUAGGGCCAGUAAGGCAAUUGGACAUCACACCUUGACUGGAACGAAGUAUACACAUGGAAAAUCAACAUAAAUGGGGUAUCACCAAUAGG